GUCUGACCUUGACUUUUUCUUACAACCUGUUUAGCAACAACCCAACUCACUCUCUUCACUACACACAGAUAGCCUGCUCUGCUCGCUGUCUACAUCUCGACCUGCACAAACGCGUCAACGCCCCACCCAAACACACAAAGGAAUGGCCACCUCGCUCCUCGCCCUCGUCUUCCGCCCCCUCGACCCACAGCCACUCGCCGCAGCAGCCUUGUAAGCUGCUCGCCGAGGACAAGGCGGUAGCGUACAGUAGCAGCAGUGCGCACCGCAUCAUCUCUGGCCACUGCUAGGCCAACCGCAUUACUACUACGCAUGGCCACUCUCCUGGCCCAAACGCUGCUUCUUUAGCCGCUGCUCUCAACGAGCAGCGCGUCAACUCGACACGAUGGGAUCCGCCAUCAGCACGAUCCGCCGGCCGUCAGGCGUCUGCAUCGACGCCGACAUGUUCCCGCACAUCAUGGACGCGGUGGUGGCCUACGCCGCCGAGCAGUACGACAAGGACGGCGAGGCGGGCGGCCUGCUCGCCCUCCGCGCAACGAGCACAGAGUACCGCGACAAGGUCAACCAGAUCCUCCAUCGCAAGCUGGUCGUACGGCCGCUCGAAGAGGGCGCGCGGACGCGCAAGCUCCUGGGCGUGAAUGCCUCAGCUACUUGGUCCGGCUCAGCAGCGGCAGUCUAUUCGCCGCCCGUGGGGCUCGUGAUGCCGCCCGCGUGGCAGUCGGGGGACAAUGGGCAGCGGCGCAGACGCGCGCACCACUGCGGCUUACCCCGCGCCGAGCGCGAGCGGCGGCUCGAGUCGGCGCGCGUGGUGGCGCUCACUGGCGGGUCGGGCGCGCGCGUCGGCGAGGCGCUCGACGUCGACGCCGGAGCGUUCAAGGCCGUCUCCACGCUGCACAUCUACCCCGGCCCAGGCGGAUACCCCGAGACGACGCCGACAACCAGCGCCAACACAACCGUCGUCAUCUGCCCGGAUCCCGCGCUGCCGUCCGCCGAGAACCACAAGCAGACGACGCGGAGCGCCAUCCACAUGCCGAUGGGGACGAGCAAGAUCGUGCUUCACGCCGUCGUGGACGACGCGCGCUCGGCGCGCCCCGUUCUCUGCACCCGGCCGCUGCUGCGUACGCGCACGCUGCGCGAGGUGGUCGUGGUCUUAAGCGACACGUUCAACGGCGCGGCGCGGCCCCCGCGUAUCGCAGCGCUGGCCCGUACGCGCUCCUUGCCGCUCGCGGUGCCGCGCGCGCGCUCGGCGUCCUCUUCGUCGUCGGUGACGACGCGCAGCUCGCUCGCGUCCGCGGGGGCAGUGGACCGCGCCAUCCUCGCCGAGUUUGCAGCAUACAUCCUCACGCGGGAGCCGCAGGCGACGCUCACGCUCGUCGGGCUGGACAGCGUGGAUGCGUCGAUGCUCGGUCUGUCGUCGGUCGUCGUGGAGAGCGAGAGCGAGGACGAGUCGGCAGCGCAGUUCACGCGCUCUUCACCCGCCCUCGCGCACCUCCUCCGCCUCGUCCGCGUCGAGGUCGCGGCCCUGCUCGCCAAGCAGGGCGCGAGCCCGUGGUCGGCGGUGAUCACGACGCCAGAGCACCGCCGCGAGGCGCACAAGGUCGUGCAGCGCGUACGCUGUGUCACCUGGGAGCGGUACGCUGCGGGGGUGGAGCGCGGGGCGUUAUCCGACGAGCGGCCGUUCUGUCGAUAGACGAUAGGACGUGUCGCACGAGGCCGAUCCGGUCCAUGCCGAGGUAUCCCGCGGGCCCCAUAAGGGCCUUGUAUGCAUGUGAUGCGGGUUGAA